AUGAGGCUACAAGCAAACUUGGAACAAUUCUGUCUAGCAACCAUCCAAACGUGUAUCCUUGUCGCAAAUGCUUCCUCUGCCAAUCUGAACCCAGAAAGCGAAGCUUUGUAUUUUGAUCGAUGGUGCUCCUCGGCUUCUGGGCUUCCACGACAAAUCCAGGACAACGACUAUGCGGUUGAUCUCCCAAUUGACGAGUCCACCUUCCAACAGCCUGAAUUCAGACUUCGUGGAUCAACGGGUUCGACCUUGGGCAUAUGGGCGUACAAAAUCAUGCUGGCCAAGAUAUUUGGCCAUAUUCAAGAUCUCAAUCGCUGCAACGUUGUACGUGGCUUGUGUCAGCAGGACUUUGAUGGUCACGUCAAACUACUAGCUGAACAGCUUGACGACUGGGUGCUGAAUCUCCCAUCUCACAUGCAGCUCUCAGACCGGAAUAUCCGUGAGCAUUGUUCCAAGGGACUCGGGGGCACCUUUAUAGACCUCCAUCUUGACUUACACCACUAUGCGACGCUGCUUUUCUUCAAUUACCUGGAAUCCCGACGGCUGUAUUCCUCCAACAAACUGCACUAUUCGCAGCUUUGCAAGUCACACGCGUUUCGCUUUUCCGAGCUGUUGCAGAUUUCACGAGAAAGAAAGGGAUGCGAAGCGGUCCAUGCUGCCGUUGGGCAUAUGGCCAUCGUAUCUUCGGCGGUACUAGUGCACGUGCUACUUAUGGGUGAGGUUGGCGAGCUUGAAGCUGCAAGAAGUGGUUUAAUCUCCAACUUCAAGACUCUACUCGAACUGAAAAUGUUCUGGCCGAGUUUGGAAAAACUGGGGUCUGACAGAUCUCUCGCCUGUCACUGUUUCAGAGUGCCUUGA